GGUGUGAGCAUGUCUGAACACCUGCCUGCUAUUUCCUGGGAUUCUCACCAAAGGGAGAACACAACUUGUUUGAACUCGACAGGCCAGAGACUGAGUGAAGGGGAAGAUGACUGAACACACAGCACCGUCUGUUUCUGUUGUACAGUAAACUCUGAUAUGUUGUCAUGUGUACAAGUUGACUGCAGUAAAGGGAGAGGGCCAGUCCUGGACUUUGAAACGAGGGCACAGGGGGGCCAAAUGGAGCGUUGGAGGUUGAGCUUACAGGCCAGCAUGUUUCAGUUCAUGCUGUUCACUACUCUUCUGCUGGAUUUAUCCGCAGUGUCCAACACAGCUGUUCUAGUACGGAAUGGAUCCUCUGUGACUCUGCUCUGCAAAAACUCUAGCAUGAGUAAUGCUUGCUGGAGCAGAACAUGUAAUGGGUUUUGGUGCGUUGAACCAAUAGUGGAGGUAUCCGGACCUGACAUUUUUGGCCCGAUACACCCCGACAAAUACAGCCUCAGAGGAGACCUGAGCAUUGGAGAGCUAGACCUCACCCUUUCAAAUGUGAAGCCAGCAGACGAUGGGACAUACUGCUGCAUGACCAGUACAUCACCAAACUCAAUGACCUACCAUCUGAAAAUAGUUAAUGGUUGUGUGAGGGAGCUCCUGAAAGAUGUUUGUUUCAUUUAUAAUGACAUUAAGCACUUUGCAAGCCCAAAUGCAAACCAAUGUCAACAGAACUGCACCCAACUUGAUGCCUGUCAGUAUUUCACAUAUAUUCACAGUCGACAGGAGUGCUAUCUGAAGGGCUCAGCUGGUGGCAGGGCAAUGAAUGUGAUACACUUAGAAGACAGAGUUUCAGGCUACACCCUUAAAGACUGCGAGGAAAAAGGAAAGAAAACUGUAAGCAUGGUGAAGAUGUUUCUGAAAGUACCUCCAGGAGUUGACCUUAAUGACCCUCUGGUGAAAGAGCAAAUUCUCACACAGAUACAGGCAGAGAUCACCCAGACAGAUGGAGGUGCAUCUGUGCGAUGGAAGGAGCAGUCGGAUGGAAAAGUCUUCCAGAAGAAAGGAGAGAAAGAAAGAAUGACAGUGUGUAAAGAAGUCACAGGAAUGCUGAGUGAGACUCCUACAGGGGACAAAGUGGACUUCAUUUAUUUGAAAGAGAAAUUAAAUUUUUGACGAAGACUUUCUUCUAAUUGUUCUGCUUUAUCUGAAAUGUUACGUCAUGUUCAAAGAGUUGUAGUAGGCACAACAGGGUAUGCUGAUUUGUUGAUCAUAAUCUGUUCAUCAAAGUUGAAGCCUUCAUUCUUUUCAUGCUUUAUUUAACCAUGAUCAGUCACAUUGAGAUCUCUUUUUCAAGUGAGCCCUGGGAUUAAUGUAGCAAUGUGUAACAAAGCUAAAUAUCCCGAUUCAAUCAAAGCUACAAACCAGGCUUCCUAGGGUAAGAGAACAACAACCUAUUUAUUCUAUGAUGAGAAACAAUGAUUGAUUUAAUAUGCAAUAAGUACAACUUUUUAUUUCACUUUAAACACAGAGCUUUGAAUGUGUGAAUUCAAGUAUGUUUACAGGGCAAAACAAGGGUGUCUGAACUUUAUUGAGUAUGGGCUAAGUCUGUGCUAAACAAAUGUUCUAAAGAUAAUUAUAUUUGAAAACGCAUACAAUAUCAACAUUCCAGACUAAGUUAUGUCAAACUAUUUAAACUGUUCACAUUAGAUAUGCAUAAUUGUCACAGUGCAACAAAUAAAACUUCCACAUGG